AUGAAUGGAUAUAACAUAUUGUUUGUUACAUUUGAUGAUUUGGUGUAUGGAUUGGGAUCUAAUUCCUUUGGUCAGCUCGGGUUAGGCCACAGAAAUAAAGUGGAAGAACCGGUAGAAGUGAUUGAAUUAAGGCAUCAAAACAUACAACAAUUUUUCAACGGAUAUACCAUUGUAUUGGCUGUCAAUACAGAUCAACAGGUAUUUAGUUUUGGUAUCAAUAAAUGGGGACAAUUGGGACGGGAUGUGGAUAGGGAUGGCUGUCAUAAACCAGACAUUUAUCAGAAAAAGAGAAACAAAAUGUUUUGAAUGAAACGCAAUCUUGUGAAACUUCGGUCAGAAUAUAUGAUUCAAUACUACUAUUCAUGGAUUGAAUGCAAUUGUCUUUACUUUCAAAUGGAGUUAUGUUUAAAUAAUCUCAAAAACCUUUUGGAAACCAAAAAACCAAAUAAUGAAUUGAUGACUGGUUUUGAUUAUUAUAUUUCGUAUGAAAUAUAU